CUCGAUGUUUUCUAUCUCCUCGACUAUCUCGAAUUUGAGCAUUUUUUACUUUUAAUCUCUAUUUUUCACUCUAUUGAGAUGUAUUGUGCAUUGGAAUCGAUAACGAUAAAGCAUCUCAAAAGGCGCCAUGGUUCGUUAGUGCGCAUGUACCAAGACUCUCGCACCAGUUUUUUCUCCAUUUACAUCGACAUGUUUGCUUGCUGUACAUUUAUGCUCACGGGUUUAGUUUAUGUUGUGAGUAUACGGGAGCCUCAUUUUGAGUGUACGCUCCAAAGCAAAUGCCGUCACAUAUACCUAUUGCACGAUACAGUGUGAGCACCCCGAUAGAAAGGAUAUUGAGAAGUUGGAAUAAAUUGAGAGCUUACGGCCAUUGGAAACCUUUCCCAUUUGAGAGCGGAUUAUUUUGUGCGAGUGUGUCCUCCUUGUUGGGCAUUCGAUUCAGUUCCAAACUUGCCUUCUUCCAGCAUGGAUUGAAAACGGGAACGGAACGAAAAAAAAUACACCCUAAAAUCGAUGUGCGGGCGUACAGUGUGAAGUAUAGGAAAGUCAGAAAAUCAAUUUCAACCGCAAAGCAGUAGCACCCCAAAAAACGGACUAGCGUAUCCACCCUUUCCAACGACGGCACACGUGUACCGUCGAAUUCGCGCGUGUGUGUGUGUCUGUGUAUGUACGCGUGUUUAGAUUAGGCCUCGCUGCAAACCGUUCUACCAAGAAGGUGUUUAAACGGAGGACAAUUUUCUGCAUCGCGGAAAAGUCGUCCAAAUUUUCACUCCCUUCAAUCUAAAACCGGUAACAGGGCCCAGGGCCACCCGCCAUCAUGUCGUCCGUGAAGGUGGCGGUCCGUGUGCGACCCUUCAACUCCCGGGAAAUCGCCCGGGAGUCAAAAUGUAUCAUCGAAAUGUCCGGCAACACGACCUGCAUCACAAACCCGAAAGUACCACCCGGCUCGAGCGAAUCGGUCAAACGCUUCAACUACGAUUACUCCUACUGGUCGCACGAUCCUCGCGAUCUGGAAUUCUCCACACAAGCCAUGGUGUACUCGGACAUAGGCGAGGAAAUGUUGCAACACUCGUUCGACGGGUACAACGUUUGCAUCUUCGCAUAUGGACAAACGGGCGCCGGCAAAUCGUACACCAUGAUGGGCAAACAGGAGGACAGCCAGGAGGGCGUGAUACCGAUGAUCUGUAAGGAUCUGUUCCGUCGAAUACAGGAAACGGAAAGUGAUGAUCUGAAGUACUCGGUGGAGGUAUCGUACAUGGAGAUUUACUGUGAACGUGUACGCGAUCUGCUAAACCCAAAGAAUAAAGGAAAUCUUAAGGUGCGCGAGCAUCCGCUGCUUGGCCCGUACGUGGAAGAUCUGUCCAAACUGGCUGUCACAUCCUACCAGGACAUUCACGACCUGAUCGACGAGGGCAACAAAGCACGUACUGUGGCCGCCACCAACAUGAACGAAACGAGCUCAAGAUCACACGCUGUGUUUACGAUUUUCUUUACCCAGAAGCGUCAGGAUCGCAUGACCAGCCUCGAAACGGAGAAGGUUUCGAAAAUUAGUCUGGUCGAUUUGGCUGGAUCUGAGCGGGCCGAUUCGACGGGCGCCAAGGGCACCCGGUUGAAGGAGGGCGCCAACAUUAACAAGAGUCUCACCACUUUGGGCAAGGUUAUAUCGGCACUGGCUGAAAUUGCAUCAAAGAACAAGAAAUCAAAGAAAGCUGAUUUCAUUCCGUAUCGUGAUUCGGUUUUGACAUGGUUGCUCCGAGAAAACCUUGGCGGUAACUCAAAAACGGCCAUGAUAGCUGCGAUAUCGCCGGCCGAUAUCAAUUACGAUGAAACACUCAGUACAUUGAGAUAUGCCGAUCGAGCUAAACAGAUCGUCUGCAAAGCUGUCGUCAACGAGGACGCUAAUGCGAAACUUAUUCGCGAACUCAAGGAAGAAAUACAAAAGCUGCGCGAGCUACUCAAAGCCGAAGGCAUCGAGGUGCAGGAAGGACCGGACGGUAAAGUGGUUUGUGAAAAGCGAGAUGCUAAUAAGGAUGAAUGUCUCAUCAAAUCGGACAAAAUCGAGUCAGUUGGUGGUGUGGUCAUUACCGAAGAAGGCGAAGAUGGUGAAAAGAAGAUUCAUUCACCGAAUCGCAAUCGCAAGCGUACCGGUUCCAGUACCGAAAUGGCAGUCGAUCAGCUGCAAGCAAGUGAAAAGCUAAUUGCCGAACUGAACGAAACUUGGGAAGAAAAGCUGAAGCGAACAGAGCAGAUUCGUGUACAGCGGGAAGCUGUGUUUGCCGAAAUGGGUGUGGCAGUGAAGGAGGACGGCAUUACGGUUGGUGUUUUCUCACCGAAGAAAUCACCCCAUCUGGUGAAUCUUAACGAGGAUCCAACACUGUCCGAGUGCUUGCUGUACUACAUUAAGGACGGACUUACCCGCCUCGGUACAUCGGAAGCGAACGUACCGCAGGAUAUUCAACUGUCCGGCUCGCACAUCUUGAAGGAGCACUGUGUGUUCGAGAAUAAGGAUGGAGUGGUUACGCUGGUACCGCACAAGGAUGCGCUGGUGUAUGUGAACGGUCGAAAGGUAAUCGAACCGGAGGUGCUACAAACUGGUUCUCGUGUCAUCUUGGGACGUAACCAUGUGUUCCGGUUCACGCACCCGGAACAGGCACGAGAAAAGCGUGAGAAAAAUAAGGAGGUUGAUGUGUGUGAAACACCAGGCAACAGUGGCGAAAUCGCCGAUUGGAACUUUGCCCAGUGCGAACUGUUGGAGAAGCAAGGCAUUGAUUUGAAGGCGGAAAUGGAAAAACGUUUACUGGCGCUAGAGGAGCAAUACAAGCGCGAAAAGCGAGCUGCUGACCAGGAGUUUGAAGAGCAACGGAAGACCUAUGAGGCAAGAAUCGACGCACUUCAAAAACAAGUUGAAGAACAGUCAAUGACAAUGUCGAUGUAUAGCAGUUACAGUCCUGAAGAUUUCCAUCAAGAAGAGGACAUAUUUGUUAAUCCACUUUUUGAGUCCUGUUGGACAGCACGUGAGGCAGGUUUGGCCGCAUGGGCCUUCCGUAAAUGGCGUUACCAUCAAUUCACAUCGCUUCGUGAUGAUCUUUGGGGCAAUGCAAUUUUCCUAAAGGAAGCCAAUGCAAUUUCGGUUGAAUUGAAGAAGAAGGUACAAUUCCAAUUCACACUACUGACGGACACGCUAUAUUCUCCGCUGCCACCGGAAUUGACAUCCGCGCCGGCUGCAGGUGCUCUGACAAAUGGUGGCCAGGAAGAUGAAUUUGGUCAGACACCCAUACCAAGAACGAUUGUGGCGGUUGAAGUGACCGAUACAAAGAAUGGAGCCACCCAUUAUUGGAGUUUGGAAAAGUUGCGGUAUCGUUUGGAACUGAUGCGACAAAUCUAUAAUACAUCCGACACAUCUCCGGAGCUGAUGAGCUUUGUGCUCGAGCUGUCCAGUGGUGAGCACACACCGGAAAAUCCCGGCACACAGUAUGCAGCGUUCGCACAUUCGCCAUUGUCGGUUACGAAACAACCGCAGGAACAACUAGUAGCAGAGCAACCUGCAACAGCGCGGUUAUUGGCAGGACUGGCGAAUAACUGUGAUGGCAGCAAGUGUUUGACCUCACCAACGAAUUCAAUUUCAUCCAACUCAUCAUCAUCCUGUGGUACGGCAUCACCGCCUUCACCACCAUCCGUCAUCUUCGACGGAGGUCCCGUUAUACCCAUCAGUAGCGGCAGUUUCCGAAGAGCAGGCACGAAACUAACUCUGGCCAAUUUGAUGCCUUCUAGACAACGUCUCGAAUUGAUGCGUGAGAUGUAUCACAACGAAGCAGAGCUAAGUCCAACAUCACCGGAUUAUAAUGUUGAAAGUUUGACCGGCGGUGAUCCAUUCUAUGAUCGAUUCCCGUGGUUCCGGAUGGUCGGGAGAUCGUUCGUGUAUUUGAGCAACUUACUGUAUCCGGUUCCUCUGGUCCACAAGGUGGCAAUAGUGAAUGAGCGUGGAGACGUACGUGGCUAUCUGCGCGUUGCCGUACAACCCGUGAUGGAUGAAGAAAAUGCAGACUUUAGCAACGGAGUUAAGCAAUCUGCACGCAUCUUGUUCGAUGAGGAACAGAACGGACAGCAUAAGGUGCCGAAGAUUCGCACCAUUCCCGAUAAGGACGAAAAAUACAUUGAGGGUGGUAAUGAAAUGGGUACUAAGUUGGAGGAGUUGGAACAGGAAGAUGCGGAUUCGGGACGCGGUGAUUCGAGCGUUGCCUCGGAACUGCACGAAUCAAACGAUCAGGAACCGGGUGAACAUUUGCAACCGGGUAAAGAGUUCACCUUCCGUGUUACUGUACUGCAGGCCACGGGAAUUGCGGCCGAGUAUGCCGAUAUAUUCUGUCAGUUUAACUUUUUGCAUCGACACGAGGAAGCGUUCUCGACGGAACCGGUAAAGAAUUCUGGAUCGGGAGCACCGCUUGGAUUCUAUCACGUACAAAAUAUUACAGUUCCGGUCACGAAAUCCUUCAUCGAGUAUCUGAAAACGCAACCAAUCGUUUUCAAAGUGUUUGGCCAUUAUCAGCAUCACCCGUUGCACAAGGAUGCCAAGCAAGACUGCCAGAUCACGAGGCCUCCUCCACGGCGUAUGUUGCCUCCUAGCAUUCCGAUCAGCCAACCGGUUCGCAGCCCAAAGUUUGGCCCAUUGCCAUGCCCACCGUCAUCGACGGUUUUGGCCAAGCACGAUGUGCUCGUGUGGUUCGAAAUCUGUGAGUUGGCACCUAAUGGUGAAUAUGUACCGGCUGUCGUCGACCACAGUGACGAUCUGCCUUGCCGUGGACUGUUCCUGUUGCAUCAGGGCAUCCAGAGGCGCAUUCGUAUUACAAUCGUACACGAACCAACACCGGAGGUGAAGUGGAAGGACAUUCGCGAACUGGUUGUCGGGCGUAUUCGCAACCAGCCGGAACCGGCCGACGAUGAGGAUUCUGAUUCGUGCGUCCUUUCGCUUGGAUUGUUCCCGGGUGAAGUGUUGGAGGUGCCCGGAGAUGAUCGGUCGUUCUUCCGCUUCGAAGCUGCCUGGGAUUCGAGUCUGCACAAUUCAGCAUUGCUCAACCGUGUCACACAGACGGGUGAACAGAUUUAUAUUACGCUGAGCGCAUAUCUGGAGCUCGAUAACUGUGCUCGACCAGCCAUCAUUACGAAGGAUCUCAGCAUGAUUAUCUACGGCCGUGACGCUCGCACUGGACCACGCUCGCUUAAGCAUCUGUUCUCGGGCCAGUACCGCAACCCGGAAGCCAAUCGCCUGUCCGGCGUGUAUGAGCUAUCCCUGAGAAGAGCUUCUGAAGCAGGUAGUCCAGGUGUCCAACGUCGACAGCGCCGUGUACUAGAUACGAGCUCCACUUAUGUGCGUGGAGAGGAAAAUCUGCACGGCUGGCGUCCCCGUGGAGACUCCCUCAUCUUCGACCAUCAGUGGGAAUUGGAGAAAUUGACACGGUUGGAAGAGGUUGGUCGCGUAAGACACCUGCUGUUACUGCGCGAACGACUCGGAAUGGACACGACACCGAACCCAACCACCAAAACCGAAAAGGAUGUAUGCAAUUUGGCUCAGCGUGCUAGUGCAUCACCGGUACACAUGGUUAUUCCACCUUCCCCACAAACACCGGUCAAAGAUCAGCAGACACCAGCUAUGCUUGAGCGUGACCUUUCGGUUCGCGAGACGGAACUGGUGUGGAAGUGUGUGAAGCUAAUUCAGGGUCGCAUCGGUUGCAAGGAGCUUGGUACAGAGGGUAACGGUACCGGUACGCAAGCAUCUGACGCUUCGCCGGGAGACGAGGGAUGUGCGGAUAUGAAUGCGAGCUACAUUUCGAGCAACUCCAUUGAACUGUGCUCGCCGGAACGAGUAGAUGUACCGAAUGGUUGGGAAGCACCUGCACCGGCGCCACAAACGCAGGAACUUUCGCUGCGAUUGUAUGUGCCGGAGUUGGAAGAAAUCCGGGUCAGCCCGGUAGUAGCUCGCAAGGGCUACCUGAACGUGCUCGAACAUGGUGGUUCCGGUUGGAAGAAACGGUGGGUCACCGUACGACGACCGUACGUUUUCAUCUUCCGUUCCGAUAAGGAUCCGGUCGAACGGGCCGUCUUGAAUCUGGCCACAGCGCAGGUGGAAUGCAGCGAAGAUCAAGCGGCGAUGGUGAAGGUUCCGAACACGUUUAGCGUUGUCACAAAACAUCGAGGAUACUUGCUGCAAACACUCGGUGACAAGGAAGUUCAUGAUUGGUUGUAUGCAAUCAAUCCUCUGUUGGCUGGACAAAUUAGGUCCCGACUAGCCAGGAAAAACAUUUCCAGCAUAAGCAGCAACGGAAGUGGUGCUGGCGAUCAGCAACAGGCGACGACGGGAGCGUCCGCUCUUGCUGUAGCAGCUGCCCAGGGCAACGGCGGUAGCAGUAGCUCUGGAGGCAAAUGAGAUACAAUAACGAUGGAGUCCGUGCUGGUAUACUAAACAGCAAGCUACGCGUGAUUCCAACUGUCGCAAAACAUAUGCGAAGAACCAUAACCACCAUUAUUCUGAGGAAGAAUGAUUCUAGUUUGACGUGCUGCAACCGUCACCACCAAGAAAAACCAAAAUCAAACCAAAAUAAUUAGUAGUACUCGUUGUCGUUAAUACCCAUCUACUUAGUUAUGUCGAUAGAUUUCGGUUUCGAGUUCAAAAAAUCAAACCAUAAGAAGAUCAGACAAGAAAUGUGAAGGACUCUAUAAAAGAACGAUACGAGGGAAUGAUUUGACGAGCCAGGAACCAAUUGUACUGGAUUGUGUGCGUGUGAUUGAUUGCGAGGCAAUUUAGUUCCAUUGGUUUUGUUGUAGUUUUUCUGUUAAGUACCGUUCAGAUACUAGCUUUAUUUUUCAACGGUUCUUCUAAAAGGCUGAAUGAUUUUAAUUUAUCGAAAAAUAUACUGCUUUACGCUACAUGUAAGAUAGCAUGUUUUGUAUAUAAGAAAAAAACUAUUUUUAUGCACUUUAAAAAUAGCAAAGUUUUAUCAUCGUAUUCAGUUAGGUUUUUUUUUAAAUUGCAGCUAAGUUAAGUUAAAGUUCCCAUACGAUCGAUUUGCGUUUCGUGAACGAUACGCCCGUACGGUUAGAUCGCGUUCAGGCAGGAUCUGAUGCUGUUGCCGAUGCGUUUUUUUUUUUCAUUCUCCUAUCUUCACUAUUUAUCUCUAGAGAGACUGCAAUAAGGCUUACAAACUAGAACGAUAGACUGGGCAAGGCGAGCAGCUAAGCUGUCAAGCUAAAGAUGCCCUAGAAGAAUGUGCAAAAAAAGAGACCACUUAGCAGUCACAAACUGGCGGUGGUUCAUUGUUGCUACAUCUUGAAUUUAUUGUGCUUUAUGCGACACUUUUGUUGCAUUGUUACUGGUGCUUUUUAUUUCUUUGCCAGUUCGCUUGAGACGCUUGGUGACCAGGAAAUGUGAUUUGCGGGCCAAGAGCAAUUGGGCAAAUGCAUGGAAACGUAUUAUGCGCAAGUGGAUUAAGGUGGAUUAGUGUCUACCAAAUCCGUUGGCUAAAAUCCUUUACACAAUGCAAAUGAUAUUAAUCAAUAGAAUAAUUAAUGUUUAGAACAAACUGAAGCACAGAGAAAGAAACUAUGUUAGAUUACAUGCGUGUGAAGAAGAAUGCGCCAGACGCAUAUAUAUAUGAUGGUUGUUGAGGAAAAUAGCAUCGCAACAAGCAUACACUGGGAGAGCAAAAAGGUGAAAUUUACUCACAGAAUUGAGUACAGAUACAAACAGAUCAGGUAUCUAUUCUUUGUGUGACAAGAGAAUCUCUACAACAGUAAGCAUGUUUAAAUCUCUGUUACCGAUCAUUGUGUCGUGUACAUCUCUCUUCUCGUAAACAAGCUGGUCGGUGCAAGGAAGAAACUAAACUCACAAAAAGACAACUAUUUACUAGGAAAAAACCGCGCAGAAACACAAUUCAAGGAAGGAAGGUGGUGAAGAAUUAAAAAAAUGCAACACAACAUAUUCCAUACACUAAUCGGAACUAAAAGUAGUAUAAUACCGAAAAGCAGAAGAACGGCCGGUCAGCUUGAAUAUGUUGGCAAGUUGGACCGAAAACAGACACACACACAAACACUCUCACACAAACAACCGAAUGUGGAACGUAAAGUAUUAGUACAUUGACAAGUGAUGAAUUGUUACGAUCGGAUUAUUACCAUAUAUAUGCAGCUUUUUAUUUUGCUUUCGAAAAUCGUAAGCCUUGCUUAGGACCGAUGAGCAAGAACGUACCAGCUAAACUGAAACAAAUUAAGGUAUCGAAUAGGCGGCAAUGGAAACGAUUUGCAAACUGUGCUAAUUCUCCAAAAAGGUAUGCAAAGCGAGGUGGCUACUGAAGACUGUUUUGGCUUGAAGCUAUUAAAAAUGGAUGUUUUAGAAUCAUGCUUUAACCGCGUUGUGCAUUGACAUGGACUAGGAUGUCUUGCAGGCAGGGAUUGUCACAACUUACAAAUUGCGAUAGGUAAUAUCCUGUAUCAAUGCUUUUGAAAGGAAGCAACGGGGAAGUACAGCUAGACGGGAACGUUGUAUAGAAUUAUGUAAAUAGAAAGUACAUUACUAUGAAGGAACAGUAAUUCUGAAGCAUUUUAUGUUGUUCGCUUUGAUGGCCUUAGCUUCGUUUUUGUCUCCAUUUCACGGGACGACACACUUUGAAGUUGUUCGAACACAACUGUUUGCUUGUUUGGCUUAUAAGUUCCGGCAAGAUGCUGUGUACAUAUUUGGUAUCAUUCUACGAAAUAUGCUGUCGGUUUAACCGAUGCGCUAUCCGUGUGCGCUAUACCGCAUGAAUGCUAAGGCUACACACUAGAUGGUUCAUCAAUUUCAUCUCAGUCAAACAAAAAUGCACGGAAUUUAAGCUGGUUCAGAGCUGAGUCAAAGUGCAUCAACGGAUACCAAAGAUAAGAUGUGUAAGCUAUGAAGUGGGCAGGGACCGACCCAUGCGGUUCAGGAUGCAUGAUUGUAGCAAGAUGAACAAUUGUUAAGGCAGAGUAAUGUUUUGGUUUAUAAAGAAUUUGUAAAGUAUAUUUGGUCUCUGUUUUGCUUGCAGUAUUAAUGAAAUUAUUUGUGAUUUUUCGUUUUCAUGCGAUUAAAAAUGCUUGCAUUAAGUGAUGUUCUAAUGUCACUUUUAUUAUGCACAGCAUAAAAUAAUCGUCUUUUUGUAACAAACAUAUUUUCAUGCAAAUUUCUUUCCUCUCUUUUUCAUUUCGUGGGUUUAGAAUAUUUAUAAUCCAAAGCAAAAUGAGCAUAAAGGCAGUUUCAGUUUCCAUUAUGUAUGCAAAAUUUCAAACAAUGUCAUCGCUGUUUAACAAAAAUCAACCUGGUACCGUGUGUAAACGUAAAACAAAAAAACACAAGAAAAACAUAGAACAAAAAUGAAUAAAUAAAUGUAACCGUUUCUGAUCCAUUUCUGCUUACCGCAAAAAAAAAAAUAACACCGAUACAUAACAAUUAAUUGUAUAGGAUAUAGUUGACAAAUAAAAAUGAUAAUUACUUGACAAAAAUACCAAACCCCCAUACCAAACAGAGCGAAUGCAAACAAAAAAAAAACAAAAUAAAAUACAAGAACAACCCAAAAGUAACAUAGUGAAAGAUUCUGUCCUCGCCAGCACACAUACACA